UCAACCACUGUACAGUAUACUGUAAGCUUAGAAGUGUCUAGGACACUGCCAUCGUGUGGAAACACAUUGUUUUUUUUUCUUAAAUAACAUUUUUCCUGUUCAUCAGUAGGAUACGUUUUUUUUCUUACUGGCUUACAUUCAUACACUGUUCAUUCUUGCUUAUAAAUCGAUCAUCUCGACGCCCCUCAUGUUCUCUGCUUCUGAGAUUCAGCCUGUGGUUUGUGCAGUAAUGGAGACGCGCUUUUAAAGAGUCUUUGCGUGCAGUCAUUUUUCAGCUGUUUCGCAAGUAUUUCAUUGUCCUUUGGAUCUGUCAAGAGUGGUCUCAAAGUCAUUUGCAGUGUCAUGUAUCUUGAGGAGAUCUCCAACACGACUGGAGUGACUUUGUUCCUCUGUGCCUUCACUCUGCUCUUGCUGGUUCUCCAUAGUCGACGGAGAGAACCGGGCUGCCCCGUUCCCCCAGGUCCCAGACCUUGGCCGCUGGUGGGAAAUCUUUUCCAGGUGGGGGAACAGAUCCAUUUGUCAUUAACAAACCUGAGGGUUCAGUAUGGAGAUGUUUUCCAGAUGAAAAUGGGUUCUCUCGUGGUGGUCGUUUUGAGCGGCUAUUCUACAAUCAAGGAGGCUUUGAUUCGUCAAGGAGAGGCGUUUGCAGGACGUCCUGAUUUCUUCAGCUUCUCUGCAGUUGCUAAUGGCACCAGUAUGACGUUUAGUGAGAAGUAUGGAGAAGCUUGGGUGCUUCACAAAAAGAUCUGCAAAAAUGCCCUAAAGACCUUCUCCCAAGCUAAGCCCCGAGACUCGAGCGCUUCUUGUCUUUUGGAGGAACGUAUCUGUGCAGAAGCCGUGGAUAUGGUGGAGACUCUGAAGAAACAAAGAGAUGAGGUUGGAGAUUUAGGACUCUACCCAGUUAAGUUGCUAGUGACCUCAGUUGCCAAUGUGGUUUGCACUCUGUGUUUCGGGAAGCGGUAUGCACAUGACGAUAAAGAGUUCCUCACCAUCGUCAACAUCAAUAAUGAAGUGCUGCGGCUCUUUGCUGCAGGAAAUCUGGCUGACUUUUUUCCCAUUUUCCGUUACCUGCCCAGUCCAUCUCUGCGAAAGCUGGUCCAGUUCAUUGACAAAAUGAACAACUUCAUGGAACGCAACAUCAGGGAACAUCUCAUCACCUUUGACAGGAACUGUAUCCGGGACAUCACUGAUGCCCUAAUAGCAAUGUGUGAGGACAGGCAGGAGGACGAGGAAAAAGUCAAGCUCAGCAACUCACAGAUCAUCCACAGUGUCAUUGACAUCUUCGGAGCUGGUUUUGACACUAUCUUCACCGGUUUGCAGUGGAGCCUUUUAUACCUGAUCAAGUUUCCAGACAUCCAGGCUAAAAUCUUCCAGGAGAUAGAUAACCAGGUUGGUAUGAACAGGUUACCACAGUUUAAAGACAAGUCAAACAUGCCGUACACAGAAGCUUUCAUAUUUGAAGUGUUUCGUCAUGCAUCCUAUGUGCCUUUCACCAUACCUCACUGCACAACUGAUAACAUUACACUGAAUGGAUACUUCAUCCCCAAAGACACAUGUGUGUUCAUCAACCAGUAUCAAGUCAAUCAUGACAUGGAUAUUUGGGGUGAUGCUGAGGCUUUCCGACCCGAACGUUUCCUCACAUCAUCUGGCCAUCUAAAUAAAAACCUCACUGAAAAGGUAAUGAUAUUUGGCAUUGGAAUACGCCGUUGCCUCGGUGACAGCUUUGCCCGUUUGGAGAUGUUUGUGUUCUUAACCACCCUGCUGCACCGGCUGCACAUUGAGAAUGUUCCAGGGCAGGAGCUUGACCUGAGCUCUACGUUUGGCCUCACCAUGAAGCCCAGACCCUUCCGAAUCAAAAUCUCAUCUCGUAACUAAGCUAUUCUAUUUCAGAUGUUAUUUGUACACCAAAUGGACCUGCGGUGCACCUCAGAAUGAUUGCUAAAAUCACAGCACAAAGCUAAUGUUGGGCAUUACUGAACUGUUAAGCUAAUUAGCCACUAUAUUCUUCAUUUUUUAUGUUGUCUUUUCUCUACCUCUAUUUUAAAUAGCAUUCAGCUCAUCUGUUACUUGAGCAUUUACUAUUGCACAUAAUUGUGUACUCUGAGCACGCCCUGCAAUAUUUGUGAUAAUACAUGAUAGCUAAGCAUCUAAGUUACUGUUUGUACUUUUAGCACAGAUAUUUGAAAUAUCAAAUAAGGCGUUGAAGUUAAAAUUAUUUCAGUGACAUUGAAGGUUUGAAAUGUUCUGCCUGUUGAAAAGCUGCUUUGUGUUAGAAUAAACGGAAUCAUCAGAAUUAAUGAUAGUGAUGAUGCAUUAAUGAACAAAUAUUUUUAAUAAGUAAUAAGAUGUAAUCCAGUUUAAUAUUAUCUAUAUACUAUAUAAUAGUAUAGUUUCAUAUGAUAUUUAUAAUAUUGUACAGUUGUCAAUUCUAUCAUAUUACUGAAUAUUUUUAACCAUCCUAUUUUUUAUACCACUGAUUAUAACAGAA